UACGUUCUAAUUUUCGUUCUUCCAGGUGUUUUCAGAACGUCAAGAAACAAGUUAGGCAUCGCAAAGCCGGAACAGAAGCUCGCAUCUGGCCGACUUACGCUUAAAAAAGUUGGUCCUAAUCAAGUGGUCGUUGAUAACGGUAUCAUCCAAGUUACCUUCUCAAGUCCACAAGGUUUAAUAACUGGAAUCAAGUACAAGGGCUUUGACAAUGUGUUGAACAACAAAAUUAAAAAUCGUGGGUAUUGGGACGUAAUGUGGUAUGAACCAGGACAAGAACAACUUAUCGAUCUUUUAGAAGGAGUAAAAUUCAACGUCAUAAAUCAAACAAGUGAGCAUGUUGAGAUUUCAUUUUCACGAGCUUGGAAGAUUUCUCAACGUGGCUCACUGGUCCCGUUAAAUGUAGACAAACGAUAUAUAAUUCGAAGAGGGGUAUCUGGAAUAUACAUGUACGCUGUGUUAGAGAAGUUAAAAGGCUGGCCAACUGUGGACAUGGACCAAACCAGGAUCGUCUUCAAGCUUAACACAAAAUUUGAUUUUAUGGCUAUAUCUGAUCAACGGCAAAAAAUUAUGCCUUCUGAAAUCGAUCGAGAUAUUACUAAUAAGCGUGCUAAUCCAUUAGCUUAUAAAGAAGCUGUUCGUUUGAUAAAUCCCCAAAAUCGUAUAUUUAAAGGGCAGGUUGACGAUAAGUAUAUGUACUCGAUGGAAAACAAAGACAACAAAGUACAUGGCUGGAUCUCGUCCGACCAACGUGUCGGCUUCUGGAUGAUUACUCCCAGCGAUGAGUUUCGUGUCUGUGGGCCCCCCAAACAAGAACUAACUUCUCAUGUUGGACCCACCACACUCUCCAUGUUUACAAGUUUACAUUACGCGGGGAAAGAUAUGAACACAACUUAUACAAGCAUGGAGCCGUGGAAGAAGGUGUAUGGUCCUGUCUUUGUUUAUCUCAACUCUGCCUCCUCUCCUAAUCGUCUCUGGACCGAUGCUAAACGACAGAUGGUUGCGGAGGUUCAUAGUUGGCCAUAUGAUUUCGUGAAGUCAGUAGAUUACCCUCUUCAUCAACAAAGAGGGACGGUCAAAGGUCAAUUCUUUGUAAUGGACAGAUACAUAAGCAACAAGUCGAAGUUAUUUGGGAAAUUUGCUUUUGUGGGUUUAGCAAUGCCCGGUAAAGCUGGUUCAUGGCAAACCGAAAACAAGGGAUAUCAAUUUUGGACAACAGCUGACAGAAUGGGGAUAUUCACAAUAACGAAUGUGAGACCAGGGAGUUAUAAUCUAUAUGCAUGGGUUUCUGGACAUAUUGGUGACUAUAAAUACGAGCGUGACAUUACCAUCACACCAGGCAGGGAGAUAGACGUAGGAGCCAUACUGUAUGAGCCGCCCAGAAUCGGCGCUACACUGUGGGAAAUCGGAAAACCAGACCGGACUGCUGCAGAAUUCUAUAUCCCAGAUCCGGACCCAACCCUUUCGACCAAACUCUAUCUUAAUAACUCUUAUCAACCUCAAGACCGAUUUAGACAAUAUGGUCUAUGGGAUCGGUACACUGCUUUGUAUCCUCGAAAUGAUCUUGUUUAUAUUGUUGGAGUAAGUGAUUAUAAAAAAGACUGGUUCUAUGCACAUGUGACCAGAAAUGCUGGAAAUGGGACAUAUCAAGCAACGACAUGGCAAAUUGUGUUUAGAUUGAAAGCAGUGAUUAAAACUGGGAACUACACGUUUCGAAUGGCUUUGGCUGCAGUCACGACUGCAAAUUUAUCUGUUCGGAUCAACGUACCUACGUCCAAACCUAUUUUCAUGAUUGGGCUAAUAGGUCAAGAUAACGCGAUCGCUAGACAUGGGAUUCAUGGGUUAUACAACUUGUAUGAUAUCAAUGUUGGUGGAAACUUACUUAGGGUUGGUAAUAAUACGAUUUUUCUCACUCAAGAUCGGAGAUGGGGAUCGUUUACAGGUGUUAUGUAUGAUUAUCUACGUCUGGAAAGUCCUCAGGAAGUUUGA